AUGGGUAUUGCGAUCCAAAUGCUCGAUGAUUACAUUACCAGGGCUCACCAACUCGAGGUAUAUGCGCAACUCGAAUUCAGGUCUGCAGCGACCAGCAAUGAGGUAGUUCACAUGCCUACAGGAAGGCGGACGAGCCCCAGUUUGGAGCAAAAUGUUGACUGGCACCUCGAGCGACUGGAUGCUUAUUUAUCAACAAGCGUUGUCACCGCAAAAUGCAGUAAAGGGCAUGAUGGUAAAUUUUGGUGCUUUUGGCACGAAUCUGGCGACGGAGUAGGGAUUAUGGAUAGCACCGGUGCGAUGGUGCCUGUUACCAGAGAUUUUAAGUCAUCUUUAGCUACUGAAAUAACAUCGAUGGAUGCAGCAGGCCGCUCAACUGUCGUUUUUGGCUCCCAGCAGGGGUUCCAUGGAACUUUCAACCUUGAAACGGGCCGCAUCGAGUUAAGUAGCGUUCAGCUGCUCAGUCCUGUGUCGCAUAUCUGGUAUCGGAGCCACCGCAACACUUACCGCAAGAUGGUGGCCUUUUCCCAGACUGAUGCUUGCAUGCAUUUCAAUUACGCUAGCUAACAACUCCAAUCGUUCAAUGAGCCUGAAGGUGUCAGGCUUUCACUGUCUCGGUGCCACCUUGAAUAGUGACGUCGGGCUUUUGGCCCUCCAUGAUGGCAAAUCGGUGCACUUAUGGGAUCCGGAUUGGCCUAGCCGACCAUAUGUUGUUCCCGGUCUUUUCUUUGAAGAGGGCGAAUGAGUCGUCUCCUUGAGGUAUGCGUGUCAUAGUAAUGCGUUACUCAUUGCGACGACGCCACGCUUAUUCUUCUAUGAGACUGGGUCCUGGGCGGAUCUUGUAUGCACGAGCCGCGAGGGAGCCAAGUAUGAUUUUUUUGACAAGGAUACCAAGGUCGUUGUCGAGCAACAAUAUCUAUAUGGUACGCACUUGCAUGUUUCGCGAUUGACACUUGUACGUGUCGGUGGACCCAGGUGGGUUAUUCGGAUGUGAGGGCUCAAUUCGAAUUCACAGAGUACAGGAAUUUUAUGCCUUACGUUCACAUCUUCUUCUGA